AUGAACCAAAAAAGUAAAUUUAUCAAUUUUAAGAAAAGCUAUUGAAGGGAUUGAAGGUUAAAUAAUAUAAGAAAGCAUUCCUGAAUUUUAAGAUUAAUAAAUAGAGCCAUUAUAAUUUUAAUCAAUAGAGAAAAAUAAAAUUCUCAAAUAUUAGAUAAAUAAUAUUUCAAAUUAAUAUAUACUCAUAAAUUCAAUAAAAAAUGACUAGACCUGCUAUUCAAUUGCUUUAAAUCAGGAUGAUACCUUGCUUUUAGCUUCUGCAGAUUCUUUAAUAAAAAUUUAUUAAUUUAAGAAAGGAGAAAUAAAAUAUAUAUAAUAGGUAGCUAUACAUUAAAAAGAUGUCAAUAUUCUAAAAUUUUCAAAAUAAUACAAUUCAGAUUCAUUUAUUUCUGCUUCAGAUGAUUUAUCUAUUAAAUUAACAUCCUCAUUUACAAUGAGUAAUCCCAAGGUAUACUAAAAAUUAACUGGGCAUAGUUAUAGUAUAUCUGGAUUGCUUUAUAACUAAAAGGGAGACCUUAUAGUAUCAAGUAGUUAUGAUAAUACAAUAAAAUUUUGGAGCAACAAUUCAAAAACUAAAUUUGGUUGGAUUUGUACAUAAACAAUUUAUGAUCAUAAGAAUUCAAUUUAUUCUAUUUCUUUCAAUGAAUUAGAAAAUGAAAUUAUAUCUUGCGGAGAGGAUAAUCUUCUUUUAGUUUUGUAUUAAUAUGAUUUAAUAUGGAGAGUCAAAUAAUAAAUUAGAUUAAAUUUUUUUGGGAUUCGUUUAUGUUUCAUAGAUAUGAAUACAUUUAUAUUUCUCUCAUAUUCUUCAUCCUAUUUAGAAGUAUAUUAGAGAAUAGACAGUAGAUCUCAAUAUUUAAAGAUUACUAAUUUUGCUAUAGCAGGUGUUGAUCAGCCUUGCCAAACUUAUUAUCCAUCUAGUUUUAAUAUACCUAAGUAACUACUAUUUAUUAAGAAUGGUUAUAAUCUUAACAUUUUAAAAUAUAAUCAUGAAAGCUCAAGUUAAUUCUAGUUUCAAUUAACAUAAGUGAUUGAAUUUAAUUUUGGCUUUAAUGAGAUAUUUGGUGAAGUUGAACAUGGAGAUAUUUAUGGAGUUGUUAGUGAAAAUGGAGAUUUUUUAUUUACUUGGGAUGCAAAAUCAAGAUAAAUUUAAAUUAGAAAAUACUAAAAAAAAUUAUGA